AUCGUACCUUCAUCAGGACCCUGUCGCUUGUUCUUUCUUUCUUUCCUUCUUCUUCUUUUUCCGGUGGUUGAACGAACUUUUCUCGGUACCCACCGUGAGAAAACUAAAACUGAAGAACUUCCAGCAGGCACGAUCGAAAACACUAUACGAACAGCAGCCAUGAAGUUGAGUACAUUCCGCGGAGGAGUGUGGGGCGUCCUUCGGGUUCAUCCAGCGGCGGGUCCGGGACGCAGGGUCACCGGCUUGUCUCCGAGAUGCCUUCCGCCGGUCGGUCCUCCCACCGGCCGGUUGUUUCUCAGAGGAGCGGCCGCUACAACCGGCGGUGGCACCAACCCGAAAUUAGCCUCCAAUUUCGGAAAACAUUCACUUAAAGAAGAUGUACCCGAGUGCGAUAGGUCUCUGAGGGAGGUGGUUCAGAGCACCAGGGAGGCAAUGGUGACUCUGCUUAGAAGAAACCCAACCAUCAAACCUGUCCUGGCCAUUAUACAGGCAGAUGAAGAUGACAGCGCAUUGGAAAUCAAUCAAAAAGUAGCUGGAAUGGUUGGUUUGAACAUUACUCACAUCUACCUGACAAAAGAGUGUAGUGAAGAUGAGAUUGUGGAGGAAGUGCUGAAGCUGAAUGAGGACCCCGGGGUGCAUGGUGUUUGCCUCCAACUCCCCUCUUCUGUCCUCACCAGUCGAGUGGCCAACGCACUCAAACCUGAGAAAGACGUAGAUGGGAUAACAGACCUGAACAUGGGCCGUCUGGUACGAGGAGACUUUAGUAAAGGCUUUGUGCCUCCGGUAGCCAGUGCUGUUGUAGAUCUGCUGGAGAAACAUGAUGCUCCUUUGGAAGGGAAAACUGUGCUGUUGGUUGGAUCUGAAGGACCCCUGGGGUUUGCCCUUCAGUGCCUGAUAGAGGGAAGUGGAAUGGUAGCACUCAAGAGUCAGUGGAGCUCAGCAAGCUUACAAAGACAGGUGAUGGAAGCCAAUGCUGUGGUGCUGUUAGGAGAAGGGGAUAUUGAUGUCCCGCCCACCUGGGUUCGACCAGGGGCUGCUGUCAUUCGCUGUGAAGAUGAAAUGGAGACAUCCGCAAAGUUGGGCUUAAGAUAUCUCACUGCAGCGUACAGAAUACAGAAUGCAGUGCGUAGCAGCAGUCGGUGGCUCCAGGAGCAGCAGUACAGACCCUGGCAGCUGAGGAGCCUCAAACUGCAGACCCUCACCCCUGUACCAAGUGAUAUAGAAAUCUCCAGAGCUCAAACACCUAAACCAGUCACACAGCUGGCAGAGGAGAUCGGUUUACUGCCAGGGGAACUCGAAGCCUAUGGCAGAAACAAAGCCAAAGUUCGUCUGUCCCUGUUGGACCGCCUCCACACACAGCCCGAUGGGAACUACGUACUGGUCGCUGGCAUUACUCCGACCCCAUUGGGAGAAGGUAAAAGCACCGUGACCAUUGGCCUGGUUCAAGCUUUCUCUGCUCAUCUGAAGCUCAACUCCUUUGCUUGUCUGCGACAGCCUUCCCAGGGACCCACCUUUGGGGUCAAAGGGGGAGCCGCUGGAGGGGGAUAUGCCCAGGUCAUCCCCAUGGAGGAGUUCAACCUCCAUCUGACUGGUGAUAUUCAUGCCAUCACAGCAGCGAAUAACCUGGUGGCAGCAGCUGUCGAUGCCAGGAUGCUUCAUGAGGCAACUCAGUCGGACAAGGCCCUGUUCAAUAGACUGGUCCCGUCUGUGAAUGGAGUCAGGAAAUUUUCCCCCAUCCAGAUUUCCAGGCUACAGCGUCUUGGCAUCAAUAAAACGGAACCCACAUCGCUUUCACCACAGGAGGUCAGCAGAUUUGUGCGUCUGGACCUUGACCCGUCAAAGAUCACCUGGCAGAGAGUUGUUGAUACCAAUGACCGUUUCUUGAGGAAGAUCACAGUUGGCCAAGCAAGCACUGAGAAAGGGCAGAUCAGAGAGACUGGAUUUGACAUUGCGGUGGCCAGUGAGAUCAUGGCCAUCCUGGCUCUGGCAGACAGUCUAGAGGACAUGAAAAACAGACUGGCACGUAUGGUGGUGGGGACCAGUCGCCGUGGACAGCCUGUCACUGCAGAGGAUCUGGGUGUGAGUGGAGCUCUGGCUGUGUUAAUGAAAGAUGCCAUCAAACCUACGUUGAUGCAGACCCUUGAGGGUACACCAGUGUUUGUCCACGCUGGGCCUUUUGCCAACAUCGCCCAUGGCAACUCCUCGGUGCUAGCAGACAAGCUGGCUUUGAAGUUGGUUGGACGAGACGGGUUUGUGGUGACUGAAGCUGGUUUUGGAGCAGACAUCGGAAUGGAGAAGUUCUUUAACAUUAAAUGUCGGGCUUCAGGACUGAGGCCUAAUGUGGUGGUGCUGGUUGCAACCGUCCGAGCCCUGAAGAUGCACGGUGGAGGCCCAAACGUGUCAGCAGGUGCUCCUCUUCCCAAAGAAUACAUUGAGGAGAAUUUAAGCCUGGUUGCAGAUGGGUGUCGCAGCAACCUGAGGAAGCAGAUCCAGAUUGCGCAACUGUUUGGAGUCCCUGUUGUUGUGGCACUCAAUGUGUUCAAGACAGACACCCUGGCAGAGAUUGACCUUGUUUGUCAGAUUGCAAAAGAGUGUGGAGCGUCUGAUGCAGUGCCGUGUCACCACUGGUCUCAGGGCGGCCGAGGGUCUGUGGAGCUGGCGAAGGCGGUGAAGGAGGCGGUCAGCAGACCCAACAACUUCCAGUUCCUUUACAACAUCGAGAUGCCAAUUGUGGAGAAAAUCAGAACAAUUGCCCAAAAAGUUUACGGCGCUGAUGAUAUCGAGCUGUCUCCAGAGGCCAAGGCGAAGGUUGACUACUAUAAUCAACAAGGCUUUGGUUCAUUGCCCAUCUGUAUGGCCAAGACCCACCUGUCCCUAUCCCACAUGCCCGACAAAAAGGGGGCACCGACUGGAUUUAUUUUGCCAAUCAGAGAUGUUCGUGCUAGCAUCGGGGCUGGUUUCAUCUAUCCUCUUGUUGGAACGAUGAGCACCAUGCCUGGCCUUCCAACCCGACCCUGUUUUUACGACAUUGACCUGGACCCGGUCACAGAGGAGAUCACUGGGCUCUUCUGAUAGUUCCAUAAAGCCUUUCUGCUCUGUCCUCAGGAUUCCCAGCUCUAUAACAGAAACACUAACACUGCAUAACAUAUCCUGGAAAAACCAAAUACUUGAGCAUAAGCUUGAUGCUGCAUUUGCACAUAUGUGAUAAGCCAAAAGAAACCUCUUACAUGUUUAAUAUUCUGUAUGUUUGUAUGCUUUUGACCUCUCUUUAAACCAUUUUUAUGUGAUUUUAUUUACUGGAAUUCAUGAAAAAAGUUAAAACUCAAAGGUUUUAUUACUGUUUUUACAUGUGAAGGGCACAGUUUGUGUCUUUUUUCUUGAGUAAUUCGCUGUUGUAUGCACAAAUAACCAUUCAGGAAUUUCCUGAAGUGCAGUUGAACCAGACCCUGCUGAAUGCCCAAACUGCUGUUACACCUUGCUGUUAUACCUUUAAGCCAUUUCUUUGAUUUUGUUCAAGUCUGUAGGUUUGUGUAAUAAAACUGCCAACUCCAGCCAUAGAAACAGUCUUAUUAUUAACGUCUUGUGAUGGUACUUUGGACUUUGCUUCAGGAUUUUUUAAAAUAAUCUAAUAUCAGUGUUAACGUUGUGUCAUGACCUUUCAUUUAACAAUAUUUUAAUAAUAUUGAAAUCAUUCAAUAAAUAUUCUAAUGUUCAGAGUCUAAACCCAUCUUUUUUCUAUAGCAAGCAUCUAACAUUUGUUUGCUGUUUACACUAAAUGCUGUCAGAAACUGAAUUUUAAAAUAAACCUGCCUUCCU